AUGCAUGGGGAAGAACUGGAUGUCGAUUUAGGAACAAGUCAUGUUGAUACAAGUUUUAGUAGUAGUAAUCAAGCAGAAGAUGCUAACGUAGAAGACGAUAAUGUGGAAGAUAGAUAUGUCCAAAUGGUGAAUGAUGCAUUUCCUGAUACCUCCAAUAUUGAUAAUUAUUAUCAAGAGGAUCAGGGUAAUCAAAAUGCAGAAGAACCAAAUAGUGAGGCCAAAAAAUUCUACGACAUGUUAGAUGCUGCAAAAACUCCAUUGUAUGAUGGUUGUCAUGAAGGCCACUCGCAAUUAUUUCUAGCAUCUCGGUACAUGAACCUUCAUGCCGAUAAUAAUAUGACUGAAAGGGGUGUGGAUCAAUGGGCAGAACUCAUAACAGAGUUAUUGCCUGACGAAAACCACGCAACUGAGUCAUAUUAUGAGACGGAAAAAUUGAUGCGGAAUCUAGCCCUCCCAUAUCAUACAAUUGACGUGUGUAUUGAGAAUUGUAUGAUCUUCUGGAGAGAAGAUGAAAAGUGGGAUGCAUGUAAAUUUUGCGGAGCACCAAGAUAUAAGCCCAGCGAUGGACGAACCAAAAUACCAUACAACCGUAUGUGGUAUUUACCUAUUGGCGACAGACUGAAGCGUUUGUACCAGAGCGAGAAGACUGCAUCAGCAAUGAGAUGGCAUGCUGAGCAUGAAUCAGCGGAAGGAGAAAUGUGUCAUCCUUCAUAUGCGGCUGAGUGGAAAAAAUUUCAACAACUACAUCCUCGCUUCGCCGAGGAACCCCGAAAUGUUUACCUUGGAUUAUGUACAGAUGGAUUUAAUCCAUUUGGUAUGUCCCGUAAUCAUUCGUUAUGGCCUGUGAUCUUGACUCCUUAUAACUUACCCCCUGGAGUCGAGGCUUAUGAUAUAUCCCUGAAUCAAAAUUUUAAUCUAAAAGCAGUGCUUCUAUGGACAAUCAGCGAUUUCCCAGCUUAUGGCAUGUUGUCAGGAUGGACGACACAUGGUAGAUUAGCUUGCCCAAUUUGCAUGGAGGAUACAAAGGCUUUUCAACUGCCAAAUGGAAGGAAGACGUGUUGGUUUGAUUGUCACAGGAGACAAGUUAAUCCGCUGAAAACAUCAGAUUGCGGUGGAAAUGGUCAUGAAGUAAAACAACGAGGAUACGGAGAUUGGCAUAAUUGGCACAAAGAAAGUAUAUUUUGGGAAUUGCCGUAUUGGACAGACCUCAAUCUACGGCAUAAUCUUGAUGUGAUGCAUAUAGAGAAGAAUUUUUUUGAUAACAUCAUGAAUACCGUUAUGAAUGUUAAAGACAGAUCGAAGGACACGGUUAAGUCAAGGUUGGAUGUCGCACGUUUUUGCGACAGGAAAGAGCUACAUGUGGACAAUCAAGGCAAAGCUCCAUUUCCUAUUUUUAGAUUGACUCCACCAGCGAAAGAAGCGCUUCUGAAUGUGUAA